UUUCCUUGCAGCAUGUCGGUGAUGACAGCCAGCACAACAAACUUUUUGUGGUCUUUACAAGACGUCCUGGGUCAAGGAGCCACUGCCAAUGUUUACAAGGCACGCAAUAAGAAAUCAGGCGAGGUGGUAGCCGUCAAAGUGUUCAAUACGCUGAGCUACAACCGCCCGCAUGACGUCCAAAUGAGAGAGUUUGAGAUGCUCCGGAAGCUCAGCCACAGCAAUAUCGUCAGGCUGUUUGCUGUUGAGGAGCUGCCAACUAAACAGAAGGUGUUGGUGAUGGAGUAUUGCUCAGGAGGGAGUCUGCUCAACCUGCUCGAGGAGCCUGAAAAUGCUUUUGGCUUGCCUGAAACGGAGUUCCUCACUGUGYUGCAGUGUAUAGUGCAGGGAAUGAAUCACCUGCGAGAAAAUGGAGUGGUGCAUCGAGACAUUAAGCCAGGGAACAUCAUGCGGAAAGUCGGCGAGGACGGCAAAUCUGUUUACAAACUGACAGACUUCGGAGCGGCGAGAGAGCUGGACGAUGAUGAGAAGUUUGUGUCUAUUUAUGGAACUGAGGAGUAUUUGCACCCAGACAUGUACGAACGGGCCGUGCUGCGGAAGCCUCAACAUAAAUCUUACGGCGUCAGCGUUGACCUGUGGAGCAUCGGUGUGACAUUGUACCAUUCCGCCGUGGGGACUCUUCCCUUCACACCSUUUGAAGGACCUCGCAAGAACAAGCCCACCAUGUUCAAGAUCACUACAGAGAAACCGAUGGGGGCAAUAGCAGGCAUACAGCGAGUGGAGGGUGGGCAGAUAGAGUGGAGUUACCACCUGCCUCACAGCUGCCAACUCUCACAGGGUCUGAAAGUGCUGCUGGUUCCGGUACUCGCGGGCAUAAUGGAGGCYGACCAGGAGAGGUGUUGGGGCUUCGAACAGUUCUUCAAAGCUACGACAGAUAUUUUGCAGCGACAGCCAGUCCAUGUCUUCUCUCUGCAGCAUGCCAUGGCUCACUGUAUUUACACACACCACUACAAGACAGUGUCUGUGUUCCUGGAAGAGGUGGCGUCUCAGACUGGGGUUGGGCUCCAGCAGCAGCGCCUCAUGUACCUGGGUCACGACCUGCCCCUGGAGGCCAACAUGAAGGUGGUCAACCUACCGUGCACUUUAUCUUCUCAGCCCCUCGUCCUGCUCAGCUACGCUCCAGGAUCCAACAGCAGCCUSGCCUUCAGAGAACCGGAGAUUCCUGCCAUUCCACCCAGGUUUGAUGUUGUAGCAGAUUACAGUUUCUCCAAGAGCACCUUAUUCCUCUGAAAGUCCAGGACCAGCUAAUACCAGUCAAAAACUGCAGGUGGUUCAUCAGAACCUGCCGGCUUACGGCGCUGGGAUCCAGGAGUUUCAGAACCGACUGGAGCGUCUUCAGAUAGAACAGGCCAAGCUGGCAGAAACUCAGGCUAAUGACAAGAGCUGUCAGAAGAUGGAGAUCCUGCUUCAGAAGAUCACAACGAUUCAUCAGCAGUUCCGAAAAGACAGAGUGACUGGCAAGCUGCUCUAUAACGAUGAGCAAAUCCACAAGUUUGAAAAAAUCCACUUGUCCUCCCACAUCAAGCGAGUAAAGUUCCUCUUCAGGGAAGAAUGUGUGCAGAGAUAUAAAGAGCUCUUGGCUUCAACAAGGACGUGGAGCAGCAUUAUCCUGGGUAUACAGACGCAGCUGCAGGACUUCCGUUCGUUCUCCACAGGCUUGAUGGCAGAUUUGGAAAUGAAUGAGCAACACCAGAAUAAUGCUAUGGACAGAAUCCUUCACACUCUGCAGCUUCAGAGAGUCGAGCAGCAGCCAGGGGGCGUAACAAACGGCAAGGAGYCGAUGGUCUCCAGGAUGCACCAUUUGAGAGAGGAAAUGGAGCUUUUGGUGCGAGAGUUACAGUGCAACAACAGCAUUAUUGAAAGCCUUGGAGCUGUGAACCCUGCAGCAGCUCUGGAGCCGGGUUCAGACAGACCCUGCACUCUGUGACACAGAUGUACCAAAAUGGCGUUGGGGGUUCCUGGGACUGUCGGCCCGUUUUACCAGCCACAGACGAACAGUCUCCACGGGUGGAUGUGCUGCUCUGUUAUGCAAAGAGUUUAAAACCAUUCUAAUGUGAAUCUCAAGUUGAUGCGCAGAAACUGGGAUAGGCCAGAUGGAUUUUCAGUGUGUGUGUGUGUGUGUGUAUGUGUGGGUGUGUGCUGCUGACAGAACAACAACUCAAUACAAACCUCAUUAAAGCCUUUUGUGUUAUUGUAUUUUUAAUAGACCUGCCAUAGUUAUGGAUAGUGGAUGAAUCCGAACUGAUGCCCAGUCAGCUGGACUGUUUCACUGGUUGCAUUUCCUGUUUUUCCAUACUGCCACCAUGAGUGCAUUUCCCUGAAUGCUGGUGUUUGAGUGUUUUUACUCUUAACUCUGAUUCUGAUCUCAUUAUGGAGGCAGUAUGACCAAAGGAAUCUGUGUUUGUUUUCUUUACCUGUUAACGAUUAUUCAGAAAAAUCCUGAUUUCAAAUGACUUGAGCUCAUCAUCUCAGCUGUGACUGUAUCACCUACUGUGUUCACAAGAUAAAAUAAAGUGAUGUUUUUAAAAAGGGAUUGAUUUUGUGAGAUAAAUCCAGCCCACAAAGGGUAAAGUGCAAAUACUGUCAGCUGAGUCCGAUAAGUAGACUUCGGGCCUGUCUCUAGACGUAAACAGGAUCUGAUCGAAGUUUCUGUUUUUUUUUCCCAAGUGGCUCCUUCAGUUUUAGAGUUUCUGAUUAAACACUUUGAAGCUGCAUUUGCAUUCUGUUUUGACAUUUCAUUUAAAUAACAAGUUCUGUUUCUUUUUCUUUGCCCUGUAAUUUUUGCUUCCUCUUACAAGAGAAUGACCACAACAAGGGAAACUACAGUCCACACUUCUCUCUGUUUUUUUCUUCUGUUUUGUUUUUCUGACAGUCACACAUUUCAGCGACAAUAAACCAAUUUAACAUGUAGAAAUAAUGACACUGUGUGGGGGAAGUCCGAGGCUUUAUUUGKUUUUAAUAAAAGGGUAGCCCAGUGCUACGCUGAAUGAA